AUGACAGAAGAAACGUUCAUAUCUGGGGCAGACGGCAACGAGGUCUUCCAGGCCAAGUACAUCCCCAAGCAGAAACCUCUUACCGCCGCAGAUCAUCCCAGCAUGAAGGCAUAUAUCUCUACCUUCCCAGCUUUGGGUCAGGUGACCCAGAUUGACAACCAUACUGCUGUCUUUACGGCUCUCCUCGAGGUCGACGACAGCCGGGCUGAAGAUCCAUGGCAGCUGUCAUUGUGGCAUUCUGCGGGCAAGGAAUGGCGAGAAGUUCCUAUGGCCCCUUUAAAGAACGCUUCAUCUCAACCUACGGCUCUUCAAAAAUCAAGUACCCAUUUUGGAAGUGCUCUUACAAAACUCUACUUCACCACCCCACUUGCAAUCCACCUUCCAACAAACUUCAGCAUCAAAUUUCGAAGCAGUUCAGACCAGUCGUGGAAAUGGGUAAGAGACCAUCAGGGAACUCAAGAAGGGGUUGUCAUGUUGAAGUCGGUCACGAGUCAAGAUGCACUCUUAAAUAAUUUGGGAGACUGCGUUGAGGGACUAAAUCUUGACUUGAAAGCGGAAAAUCACCGAAGCCAGAGUCCGGGUACUACUCUUUGGUCCGUGGAUGCUUCUAUUGCGGCGGCUGACGGGGAAAAAUCUACCUUUAAGGAUAUCAAAUUUGGUCUUCCUUGGGGAAAAGGGAAGUUUUUAAGAUGGUUUGCACUCAUUCGGAUCUGGUCUCCAUGGUUAGCACCGAGGCAAGGAAAGUCAACCUUCGGCUUAGAUAAAGAAGCAGUGAUGUGCUCUUUCCUGAGUGUGACUGGAAAACAUUUGGUCUUGAUGGGUAUCAGUGGCGUCGGAGAUGUCAUGACUCUGUUCACGAAUGACAGUGAUGGAAACGUCGUCUUACGUAUCCGGAAUGAUAGUCCAGAAGAUACAGUUGGACGUGUGCUAGUUGGCCUGGGCGAUGACUUCGAGUCCGCCAAUGCUGCCGUAAUGUACCAUGCGCGAGAUAUCGUAGCGGCGGGACCAACUGCCAGUGCCGAACAGCAAAAGGAAAUCGCCGCUUUGAACGAGGGCGAUGAAACUACAAAGGUUUGGGCUGAAAACUGGUAUGAUGGGCUGACUUAUUGCACUUGGAACGCCCUCGGGCAACGACUUACUGAAGACAAAGUUGUCAAAGCCGCAGAAGUUCUGAAAGAGAACAACAUCAAUGUCACGAACUUUAUUAUUGAUGAUAAUUGGCAGGCAAUUGACUACCGAGGCCACGGUCAGUUCCAGCACGGCUGGGACGAAUUCGAGGCUGAGAGAGAAGCUUUCCCGAAUGGCCUCAAAGGCGUUGUGACUAAAAUCAGAGAAAAGCUACCGAGUGUUCAACAUAUAGCUGUGUGGCAUGCUAUUUUAGGAUACUGGGGUGGUUUGGCGCCAGAAGGGAAGAUAGCCAAGACAUACAAAACCAUCGAGGUUAUCCGGGAAGACGGCCAACGAAGAAAUCUCCCGCUGGGUGGUAAAAUGACCGUCGUCGAUAAAAGAGAUGUCUCAAAGUUUUACGACGACUUUUAUAGCUUCCUUGCUUCGUGUGGUGUCGAUGCCGUUAAAACAGAUGCUCAAUUCAUGCUCGAUACUUUCGUCUCCGCGAAAGCUCGUCGAGAUUUAAUACCCACAUACCUCGAUGCAUGGACUGUCUCUACCCUUCGACAUUUCAGCGUAAAAGCAAUUUCCUGCAUGUCACAAACGCCACAGAUUCUCUUUCAUUCACAGCUUCCGCAGAAUAAACCACCAGUUCUGGUCCGAAAUUCCGAUGACUUCUUCCCAGAGAUCCCAACCAGUCAUCCAUGGCAUAUCUUCACCAAUGCACACAAUGCCCUUUUUACUCAACAUUUGAAUCUGAUACCUGAUUGGGACAUGUUUCAAACGGUUCAUGAUUACUCUGGUUUCCACGCGGCUGCUAGAUGUGUUAGUGGUGGCCCGAUCUACAUUACUGAUGUGCCUGGUGAACAUGAUCUUGAUCUCAUUGGGCAGAUGACUGGCCCUACUGUGCGGGGAAAGACGGUUAUUUUCAGACCUAGCAUUAUUGGCAAGAGUUUAAAUCCGUACAACGGAUAUGACGAUGAUCAAUUGUUAUUAGUCGGCACGUAUCACGGUGCAGCAGUCACAGGAACAGGAAUCAUCGGAUUCUUCAAUGUCUCCGGACGCCCUCUGAGCGAGCUCAUUCCUCUCUCCAAAUUCCCAGGCGUUAUCGAGGCACAAUACUACGUUGUCCGCGCCCACUCAAGCGGGCUUGUGACCAGGCCUCUACAAGUCGUCGAUGCCUCUGCUAUUAUUCACGUAUCUCUUGGUAUUCGAGGAUAUGAUAUCCUGUCCGCAUACCCACUUCGAGGUUUCGUGGACGAAAAGAAGAGCGAAACGACUUGGAUUGCGAACCUGGGUCUGUUGGGGAAGAUGGCUGGUGCUGCGGCGGUUGUGGAUAACAAGAUUACGAAGUUGGAGAAUGGGAAGAUCGUCAUUGAUACCAAUCUCAAAGCGCUUGGCGUUCUUGGCAUAUACAUCUCUACUCUACCCACAAUUUCGUGGAAGGACAAGCUCAUGAUUACAAUCCUCGGAAAGCCAAUACCAGUCCACACCAUUACUAUCAAUGAAGCCGACGAGCAUGUUCUCAACAUAGAUGUCGAGACGGCGUGGAAAGAACUCGAGCUGGUGAGUGGAUGGAGCAAUGAGGUUGAAGUGAAGAUAUACAUCAACCCGACGCACUAA